GUCUUCCAGUAACUCAAGACUACAAUGAAGCUUAUCCUCCAAGUCCUGACAACGCUGGCGUUUGCGGCAGGUGUCGCUGCUGCUUUACAAGAUGGCGUUCAACUGGGCGUGACUCGUGGUGGGCCUCAUGGCGAUGCGUACUCGGACCUGGAGAUCGUGUCGCCAGGCCAAACUGUGCAUUCCAUCACGAUCCGCUCUUCUGAUCGCGUGGACGCCGUCGGCCUCAAUGUGACGAGCCCGUCCGGUCAGAAUACCAUCCUGUACCACGGCGGCGACGGCGGUGACAAGGACACACGCUGGCUAGCGAAAGGGGAGCACAUCGUUGGAGUGGAGGCGCACUGGGAUAAGUACUACCGUAAAACGCGCCUCGUGUACAUCAAGUUCACCACCGAUAAGGGAAAUGAAAUCUAUGGCGGAACUAAAACGGAUGAUUUGAACAAGAAGGCUAGCGAGACCGCGCCAAAGGGUUUCCAGUUGGGUGGUUUUGUUGGUUACAGCGGCAAGGAACUGGACUCGAUGGGUCCCAUUUGGACGAGCAUCAAGCCGGUGAAAAAGUCUUGAAAUAUGCACGUGUCGACAGAUGAGUGAAGUGCAAUGACACUGGUCGAGAGGGCGAUUAGUUGUUUGCGGUGGGACUUCUACGACGUCAACUACGGGGUAGUAUGUGAACGAGCGAACACACAAUACAACAAAUAUGACCUCCGCAUUGGUUUCCUUAAACAGUAAAACUACAAAG